AUGGGUGACUUACCAAGUAGUCGAGUUGCUCCCACAAGACCCUUCUCUUCUUCAGCUGUCGAUUACGCUGGACCUAUUGCCGUAAAGCUACAUAACCUCAGAAGACUUCAGAAUAUUAAAGUGUACAUCUGUCUUUUUAUCUGUAUGUCUACAAAGGCUGUCCACUUGGAAAUGGUCACAGAUUUGACCUCCGAUGCCUUUAUUGCUGCUUUGAAAAGGUUCAUCUCUCGCCGUGGUAUGGUCUCCAACAUAUAUUCUGACAAUGGCAAGAACUUUGUUGGUGCUUCUCGUCAACUACAAGAAAGUUUUCAGCAGAUAGCCUUGCAAUCACCUACACAACGAUUUUUGGAAGAUCAGCACAUCACUUUUCACUUCAUACCUCCUCAUGCUCCCCAUUUUGGCGGCAUCUGGGAACGAGCAGUUCAAAGUGUGAAGAAUCAUCUGCGACGUGUCAUUGGCGACACUUUAUUGACCUAUGAAGAGUUUAACACACUGCUUUGUCAAGUGGAAGCUAUUCUCAACAGCAGACCUCUCACUCCACUGUCUUCGGAACCUGGAGAGUUAGAAGCCCUCACCCCUGGUCACUUUCUUAGUGGUGGACCUCUCGUCUGUUUACCUGAAGCUGAUAUCUCCGAAAUACCUUCCAACCGUUUGAAGAGAUGGCAGCAGGUCAAGUCAUUUACACAACGCAUAUGGAAACGCUGGCAUAAGGAAUACCUGUUUACAUUACAGCAGCGCUCAAAGUGGGUCAAGUUUCAGAAGAAUUUGGAAGUCAAUGAUCUUGUUCUAAUUCACGAAGACAACUUACCCCCUCUACAAUGGAGACUCGGACGCAUCAUCAAGGUCUUCCCUGGAAAUGACAACAUUGUUCGAGUUGCCGAAGUGGUUACAAAAUCAGGACGCUUCACUCGCCCUGUUACAAAGCUCUCUCCACUUCCCAUGGAUUAA